ACAGCCCUAAAAAAUAAUAUAAUUCUUUAGAUAAUUCAGCGCUGGUUGCUUUGUGUGAUUUGUAAAGCAGUAUUUCCAACAGCGCCUGAAAGCAUCAUUAGUCCCUCCUCCUCGUGGCGAGUCCUGACGCGCCUGCGCGGUGCAGCGAAAAGCGCAGUAGCUGGAAAGUUUGUAUCGCUCCUUAAUUGGACGAAGGUACGGUUCGAUAAUGGUGCUUUUCGUCGCGGAGGACGGGCCGUUUCGGGAAAAUUACUGAUAGGAGGGAAAUGUGCAGAUGGGACAUGGCUGCUACGAUCUCUCAGAACCACCGAGCUGCCCUGCCGGGUGUCUGGGGUCAGUUUAUCCCGAAGCUGAACAGAGUUUCCGCCGUUAGACUCUUAGGCGUACUGGCCUAACAACAGCCUGUAAGACGAAGUCCACAAGGAGAGACUGUUAAACAUGACGCUCCCGCUUUAACACGAGGAUACCGAUUCUUCUGUUCCGUUGCGGUUUAUCGGUCACCACCAUCAUGUCUGACCAAAACUACUACUGGACCGUGUUGCCGAGCUACAAAACGAAUUUUGUGACUGGGGCUAUGAUGAAAAGAUCGAAAAGUUCCCGUAACAACAAGAGGCCUUUAGGGGUGGGGACCCCAUCGCCCACACUGUCACGGCCACUUUCACCUCUCCCACUUCCCACAGCUGGCAGCAGUCCUUCAGAAAGCCCCAGAAAUGCCUCUGCCAGCAAUUCUGCCAACUUCCAGUUUGCCCGCAGCCAGCUGGCUCGCAAUGAAAGCAGAGCAGAGCGAAGGUGGUCCGUUCCCUCGUCUGGAUACUGCACCAAUGCUCCCAGUUCAUCAGUAUCUUCGUCGUCUUCCCAUGAGUUAUUGCAUCAGCUGCCACUCCAGCCCACUCAAGAUGAUCUCCACUUCCUCUUCAAACAUUUCCGGAGCACAGAGAGUGUGGCGGACGACGAAGCAGCCCACCGCACUCCCCCCGUCAGGCUCCGUUCUCGCAGCCUCAGCCCUGGAAGGACCUGUGGGUCAUUCGACAACGAGAUUGUCAUGAUGAAUCAUGUCUACAAAGAACGCUUCCCUAAGGCAACGGCUCAGAUGGAGGGACGCCUGCUUGACAUCAUGUCAGAGUGCUGUCCAGACACCGCUCUGCCGCUGGCCGACGGUGUGCUGGGCUUUAUUCAGCACCAGCUGGUGGAGCUCGCCAGAGACUGUCUGGACAAGUCCCAGAACGGCCUGGUCACCUCCAGGUACUUCAUGGAGCUGCAGGAGAAGCUGGAGAAGCUGCUGCAUGAGGCGUACGAGCGCUCUGAGAGUGAGGAGGUGACCAUCAUCACCAAACUGGUCAAGAAGAUUCUCAUCAUCAUCUCCAGGCCUGCCAGGCUGCUGGAGUGUUUGGAAUUUGAUCCGGAGGAGUUUUACCAGCGUCUGGAAGCAGCAGAGGGUCAAGCCAAGGUGGGUCAGGGCAUUAAGACCGACAUUCCCAGAUACAUCAUCAGCCAGCUCGGCCUCACCAGAGACCCACUGGAAGAGAUGGUCCAUCUGGAGCAGACGAGCCCAUGUCAGAGGGCAGCCAGCCGAGAGUCUGAUGACUCUGGAGAGGCCACACCUGUGCAGAGCCGAGCAGCCUGCACCCUUCCCCGUAGAAAACCACUGGAGAGCGACUUCGACACAAUAAAGCUCAUCAGUAACGGCGCCUACGGAGCCGUGUAUCUGGUCCGCCACAAAGAAACCCGUCAGCGGUUUGCCAUGAAGAAGAUCAACCGGCAAAACCUGAUUCUUAGGAACCAAAUCCAGCAGGUGUUUGUAGAGCGAGACAUCCUCACCUUUGCUGAAAACCCAUUUGUAGUUUCUAUGUUCUGCUCUUUUGAGACCCGGAGGCACUUCUGCAUGGUCAUGGAGUACGUGGAAGGUGGGGAUUGUGCCAACCUGUUGAAGAACAUCGGUCCUCUCCCUGUGGACAUGGCCAGGAUGUAUUUUGCAGAGACUGUCCUGGCUUUAGAGUACCUUCACAACUAUGGCAUCGUACACAGAGACCUCAAGCCUGACAAUUUGUUGAUCACCUCCAUGGGACACAUUAAGCUGACGGACUUCGGUCUGUCUAAGAUUGGUCUGAUGAACAUGACGACCAACUUGUAUGAAGGACACAUUGAAAAGGACGCCAGAGAAUUCAUCGACAAACAGCAGGUGUACGGGACUCCAGAGUACAUCGCUCCCGAGGUGAUCUUGAGGCAGGGUUAUGGGAAACCUGUGGACUGGUGGGCCAUGGGAAUAAUCCUUUAUGAAUUCUUAGUGGGUUGUGUGCCUUUCUUCGGAGACACACCCGAGCAGCUCUUUGGUCAAGUCGUUAACGAUGAGAUCAUCUGGCCGGACGGAGAAGAUGCUCUGCCUCCUGAUUCUCAGGAUCUGAUCACCAGACUGCUGAGGCAGAACCCUCUGGAGCGUCUAGGAACAGGAGGUGGAGCUGCAGAGGUGAAGAUGCACAUGUUUUUUGUGGGCCUGGACUGGAACGGCCUCUUGAGGCAGAAAGCCGAGUUUAUUCCUCAGUUGGAGUCUGAAGAGGACACCAGUUACUUUGACACUCGAUCAGAGCGUUACAGCCAUCUGGGUUCAGAUGAAGAUGAUGAAACCAACGAUGACGACUCAUCUCUGGACCUGCGACAGUUUUCCUCCGUAACCCACCACUUCAGCAAGGUGUACAGCAGCACUGAGCACCUGUCGACCUCCACGCCAUCCAAUCAGAGCUUGUCGUCAUCAGAUCGAAGCCACAGCGAGGAGAAGGGGGAGCGAUGGGAGGGCAGAGGAUUCCCUUCCCCUGGUGAUGGACACAAGCUCUUGGCCAGUGGAGACAAGAGGACGGAUGGACAUAGAGAGGGUCUUCGGCCACGAGCUUCCUCCAGUUCCUCGCAGUCGGAGCGCAGUGCCAGCCCGCUGGUGAUGAACAGCACCCAGAGCCUGGACAUCAUGCCUCGCUUCGCCAUCUCCGCUGAGGAGGAAGACGAGGUGGUUUCCAACCUGCGCCGCAUCCGACUCCGGAGCAAUAGCACGGGCACGAGGCCGACCUUCCGGAGAGGAGCUUCUCGACGGAUUGCACACCAGCUCGAGACCCCAGAAAAACCCAGAUCCCCCACAGGAAAAGUCCCGAAGUCUGCUUCGGUUUCUGGACUUUCGCUCAUCAUCACCCCAGACGACUCUGCUGGUCCUCCAUCAAGCCCCAAAUCGUCCUUGUCUCUGUCGUCCAACCCGUCUUCCAGAGACUCGUCCCCGAGCCGGGAUCUGUCCAUCAAUAUCAGCUGCCUCAGGCCUCCAGUGGUCAUCCACAGCUCCGGGAGGAGGUUUGGCUUCACACUGCGAGCUAUCAGGGUCUACAUGGGAAACAGCGACGUCUACACGGUCCAUCACAUGGUUUGGUGUGUUGAGGAUGGCAGUCCAGCACACGAGGCAGGGCUGAGGGCAGGUGACCUCAUCACACAUGUGAAUGGGGAGUCGGUCCAGGGACUGGUGCACACUGAGGUGGUGGAACUCCUGCUGAAGAGCGGCAACAAAGUGACUCUUCAAACUACUGCACUGGAGAACACCUCCAUCAAGGUGGGCCCUGCCAGAAAGGCCAGUUAUAAAGCCAAGAUGGCUCGGCGUAGCAAAAAGAGCAAGAGGAAAGACGGACAAGACAGCAGGCGGCGCUUCUUGAAGAAGAUAUCGAAGCAUACGCCGCCUCCACCCAUGCAGAGCAGUCGCAGCUUCUCUUCGGGACUUCACCAGUCAUCGAGCGACAGUCUCUCUGGUUCCCCUACACAGAGUCUGUCUCCUGGGCCUUCCACACCGUGUCGCUCCCCUGCUCCUGACCACUCUGGAGAUUCCAGCUCGUCUCCUUGCUCUAGCUCCCCAAACUCCCCUGUGCCACAAGCUCGUCCCAGCUCACUUCACGUCCUCGGUCGCUACACCAAAGCUGGACGUUGCAAGUCCACCAGCAGCAUCCCUCCAUCACCUCUGGCCUGCAUCCCACCACCUCAGCCUCUCUCUCCCCAGUGUUCUCUGUCCUGCCUCCCAGGUCACCCCAAGUCCCUGCAGGGUUUCCAUGGCAAAACGUUGUCCCCUCCCACCAUCACCCGUCACUCGGUGCGUCCUCGCAGCGUAGAACCGCCACGUUCGCCGCUUCUCAAGCGGGUUCAGUCAGCUGAGAAGCUGACAGGAGACAAAACAGGUACAGGAGGUUACCAUGGCGACAGGAAGGCUUACAGCACCCGCCGCCACACCAUGGAGAUGCCUCUGUCUGAGGGGGAAGGGCUGGAAGACGAGGAAGGGGACACCUCCAUGGGGUUUGUCUGUGUUGGUGAGCACGGUCGCCAGGGCCUGUUCAUCGGAGGGCAGAAGGACCAGCAAGAUGACCUCCACUGCUCCACCACCUCGCCACCCCACCAGGGAGGAAACCACCACGCAAAGGAGGUGGUGGUGAUGAGAAAGCUGGCUCUGUCAGAGCGCAGGGACUCCUUCAAGAAACAGGAGGCCGUGCAGGAGGUGACCGUGGAUGUCUUGGAGGAGAAAGAAGCCACACUGAGCCUGAAGCCAAAGGUGUGUCAGGCAUCCUGGAUCAACCCCACCCAGUCAGAAUCCAGUGUGAAACUGGGAGGAAGAGGAUCCACCACACAGCAGAAAGCAAAGUCUAAAGAUAAACAAGGGUUAUAAGAUUUUCUCUUUACAACCUGCAGCUGCUCUCACGCUUUGAAGAGAAAACUGUGACCAAACCCAAAAUCAUCACAGACCUGCUGGAAGACAUCGGAACAAACGAAAGUGGACGUUGUGAGCAAUUCUGGUACCAGAACAAUGAGCACGUUUACUCCAGACCUUCUCUCCUGGUCCGGGUUCCCCAGUCACUGUGCCACCUGGAACUGUUAGAUUUUAAUUUAAAAAAAAACAUAUUUGACUUGUUUUUCCUUACUUUACCUGUGGUGCUUCAGAUGGGAGAGAAGAGUGAAUGAGAUUCAGUCCCAGUUUUCAUUGUAACGCCUUUUUUUCCCCUGUUUAAUACUGCAGUGUGUACAAGUGUGUGUUCUCUUUGGAAAGAGCUUGUUUUUAUGUUCUCACAUGUUCUGAGCUGCCUGUUCUGGAGAAAUCUGUCAUACAGAUGGUUUGGACCCGUUACUCCUCAUACUGGGUGUGUAUAUAUAUCUUUAAAAUGACAAAAUAUACAGAGUGCAGCCACAGCCACAGCAAAAUACAGGUGUUUGUACAUAACAGAGUCGUGCAUGCAUGGACUCGCCCUCCAUGCACCACCUGUCGGGUAAAAAGGUGUUUAACCCAGAAGCCCGUCUUGUUUGAGCCCUGUCCAGCUCCUUCCACACCCUCGUAGUAAAUGUUUAACAACGUUGUUCAGCAGAUGCAACAAGCAAACAUGGCUGUCGUGUGUGUGCCGUGGUUUCUGUGAAUGUUUACAUUUUAGUGCAGAUAUUAUUAUUAUUAUGGAAAAAAGAUUGGUGUCAGAAUUCAACCCAGAAACCUGAGUGGACGAAGAAGGAGUAAAAAAAGCUGAAGUUGUGUAUAUUUUCAUAUGGAAGCUGUGCUGUAUGGACCAUUAGAUGUACUCUUCAGUGGCCUGGUCUUCACCUCGUGUUGCAGCCGGCUUUCAGACAAUCAGACUUUAAUUUGAGCUUUAGAGGGAGAAAUGAGACUUUUUUUUCCCACAUUCGUAAUCAGUGAAGCAUUUUUCACUUCCAUUCAUAUUUGUCUGAUGACAUAAAAUGUUUGAUAUUUAGAGUUAAGGGAGAUUAAAUUGAGGGAUUAAUGAAGGUUGUUGGAAAUUGUGUGAAUAACUGAAGUGAGAUUCAGAUUACAGGUUUUUUACUCUGUAUUGGGGAGAAAAUGUGCGUUCGUAUGACAUAAGUUUUUGCCUUGCAUCUCCAUAUCUGAAACAAGUACAGGUAAAAAUAAAAUCUACACGUUUGGAUUAAUCUGAAAAUGUGUCAGGACAUUAGAAACAUGUUCUGGCUGGUCAAAUGAAUCUUGCAGGUGAAACUUGCGUCCCUAUCCGAGCUCCGCGUUACUGGCUUAUCCGUUCAUUUCUGAUGCCGUCUACAUUUUGAUGUCUUUAUUUCACCUUCUCCACAAACUGCUGAUGUAUUUCGUUGCUUCUGCAUGUUGGACAUUAAAAUGUGGACGUCUUGGAAGAAUUUUCAGU